AUGAAAGAAAAACUUCAAGAGUAUGUUGGAAGUGACAAUAGUCCACACAAUAAAGCUCGAAUUAAGUUUGAAGCCUUUAUAAAUCAAGAGAAAGAUAUUCGAAUUGUGUUCGAUUUCUUUUACGAACAAGGAUUUGCAUUUCGUGGACAUGAUGAAUUUGAAGAUUCAAAUAAUCAAGGGAAUUUUCUUGAACCGUUGAACUUUUUGGCAGAUCAUAAUGAUGAGAUUAAGGCAGUUGCUUUUAAGAAUGCUUUUGAAAAUCUCAAACUUACAUCACCUGACAUUCAAAAAGAUAUUAUAAGUGUUGCUACUUUUGAAAUAAUAAAUGUCAUUAUCAACAAGAUUGGUGAUGGGUUAUUUUCUAUUUUAGUUGAUGAAUCUCGUGACAUUUCAGUUAAGGAACAAAUGUCUAUUAUUUUGCGUUAUGUGAAUAAGAAGGGAUGUGUAGUUGAACGUUUUGUAGGUAUCGAACAUGUUUUGAGUACCACAGCUUUCUUGCUUAAGGAUGUUAUUGAUAGUUUAUUUUCUAGAUACAAAUUGAGUAUAUCUAGUUUGAGAGGUCAAGGUUAUGAUGGAGUUAGCAAUAUGCAAGUCGUAGCAAACAAGCAUGUAGAGAUUGAAACAUUCUUUGACUUGAUUGAUAGAGUUGUGAAUGUUGUUGGAGGAUCAGCUAAACGGGGUGAUUUUCUUAGAGAAAAACAAAGACUCCAAAUUCUUGAAGCACUUAGUCAUGGUGAAAUGUCAAGUGAACGGGGCCUUAAUCAACAAACUACUCUUAAGCAUUCUGGUGAUACACGUUGGAGCUCUCACUAUGGUUCUUUAUUGAACUUGAUUAAUAUGUUUUCACCUAUAACUGAUGAUCUUGAAAUGAUUGCUAAUGAUGUUCCAAGUUCUGGAAAAAUAGGUGAAACACGUAAUUUGUUGAGUUUGAUAAUAACAUUUGACUUUGCAUUUAGUCUACGUCUUAUGAAAAAGAUUUUAGGAAUGCUAAAUGAAUUGUCAAAGACAAUAAAAAGAAAAAUCAAGAUAUUGUUAAUGCCAUGA